CAUUUGUAACAUUUUCAUUGCAGGAGUUUUACUUGUAACAAAGUAUUUUUGUGGUAUUAUUACUUUUACUGAAUAAAAAUUGAUCUGAGUACUUCCUCAGGGUGGCGCUAUAGGAAAAGUCAGAUAUAACAAAAGUCAGCAGGCUUCAUCCUCUGAGGACAAUGAUUAAUUGUACCAAAUUUUAUGACAAUCCAUCACAUAGUUAUUGAGGUACUUCAAGCUGAACCAAACUGCCAGACUGACAUUGCCAUCCAUAAAGUCAAGCCGUUACCAUGGCUAAAAACUCAGUGACUUUGUAUCAGUGAUGCUGAAUCACAGCUUGAACCAAAGCUCUUCCUCUCCUCAUGAUGUCACACUCUGAACAGCCGCCUGCCUCCUAAAGCCGGCAGAAGGGGGAGAGAAGUCAGUCACUGUAGAGGGCUUCCUGCUGCAGAGCUGCACUCUCAAUCCUCCCUGAGCGUUUUUGCCUCAGACAAGAAGAAGAGAAGAAGCAACAGAGGACAAAACUGCUGGAAAAUUUAAAAGAAGAAGGAAUCUCCUGAAUGGCACUGGUGAAUGGGACCUGCAGCAGAAACAUGGAGAGGUCAGACCGUGAUAUGAAGGGAAAGUCCAAGAGGAAGAGGAGGAGGAGGUGUAAAGGCAAAGGACGAAGCAACAUAUUAUCAACCUUUAUCAGUCCCAUAAGACACUGGGAUACUGGACCAUCUUCAGCCGAGGAUGCAGACAAUUCAAGUACAAGCAGUUUGGAGGUGAAAGAGAAUCAGGAUGAUAAAAGCCAGGUGGACUGUGACCUCUUACGAAAGUAUCAUCCAUCAACUUUUUACACAAUUUUCCCAAAACAUGGACCAAGACCUCUGAAGAGGAAGUGGUCGCUGGUGGAUGGAAAAGACCGCCUGCUGUACCAAAGCCAUUUGACUUGUAAAAGAGCAGCCUGGGCUGUCACUCAGAAGAAUGCACUGGUGCAGCUGAAUGAGUUGCGACCUGGUCUGCGGUAUGAGCUUAUGUCAAAGACUGGCCCACUGCAUGCUCCAGUGUUUUCUGUAGGUGUGGAGGUAAAUGGUUUCCACUUUGAGGGUAGAGGACCAACAAAAAAGCAGGCCAAAAUGAGGGCAGCAGAACUAGCUCUGCAGUCAUUCAUCCAGUUCCCAAAUGCCUCCCAGGCUCACACCACCAUGGGGACCUUCACCAGCACUCCUGCAGAUUUCACAGCAGAUGAACUUGACAUCCCUGACGCAUUUCUCAAAGAGUUUGAGCCAUCGCUGCUUAAAAACUGUGAUCUCCUGCACUGCAACACAGCAGAAAAGGAAGUUUUCUCCAGCAUUUACAAGUACAGGCGUCUUGUCCGACUCACACUGGACUUUUUCUCAACCAAUCCAAAAAGAAGACCCCUUAGCACCUCAUUCUUAGAGCACCUCAGCCCAGUGGCCCUGCUUAACGAGCUGCGACCAGGACUCAGGUACAUGUGCCUGACAGAGAGACUUCAUGGCAGGCCAAUGAGGAGUUUUGUCAUGGUGGUUAGGGUGGAAGGGAGGGUCUUUGAAGGAUGUGGUCACAGUAAAAGGCUGGCCAAGGCUCAGGCAGCCGCAGCUGCCCUGCAGUCUAUAUACAAUAUCAGUCUGGGACCAGAGAGGAAGAUCUUGGGCUUCCAGGGCAGCAGGACCCAACAUCAGCUACCUCAGUUCUUCGCAGAGUCGAUUUUCCACCUGGUGAGAGAGAAAUACACAGAGCUGACAGACAGUUCUUUUUCUACCUCACAUGCCCGCCACAAGGUCCUGGCAGGGGUCGUAAUGACCAGAGGAUUUGACCUCAGAUCAGCGCAAGUUGUGUCUCUGGCCACAGGGACUAAGUGUCUGGACUCGGACAAUGUGAGUGACCGAGGCAGUACACUCAGCGACUGCCACGCUGAAGUUGUCAGCCGGAGGGCGCUGGUUCGAUUCCUGUAUGCUCAGCUGGAGCAGCUACUCUGUAAGCCAGAAAACUGGGAGGAACAAUCGAUCUUCAUACCAAAUAAAGGUGAUGGCGGAAGUGGCUUCCGGCUGAGUGACGGCGUCCUCUUCCACAUGUACAUCAGCUCUUCGCCAUGUGGAGAUGCUCGACUCAACUGCCCCUACGAGACCACAGCUGCAUAUCCCAGCAGGAGGUUCCACUGUCACCUCAGGGUGAAGGUGGACGGAGGCGAGGGGACGCUGCCCAUCACGGCGCGAACAGCCAAUCAGAAGUGGGAUGGUGUGGCACCGGGUAAACCACCUGUCACUAUGUCCUGCACAGACAAGAUGGCAAAGUGGAGCGCACUGGGCGUCCAGGGGGCUCUCCUGUCUCACCUGGUUGAGCCGGUUUACCUGCACAGCCUGACGGUAGGGACGCUCAGCCACACGGGUCACCUGGGCCGGGCCAUGGCACGCCGCCUUGCACCAGUCAAGCACCUGCCCUUUCCAUAUCGACGACAGCAGCUGCUGCUCGGCUGUCUGAGCAGCAGCGAGGUUCGGCCGACAGGGAAGGCCCCAAAUGUCAGCGUGAACUGGAGCUUUGGGGACGGAAGCCUGGAGGAGAUCAGCACCUCCACAGGAUGGAGGAGGGACUCAGGGACACCGUCACGGCUCUGCAGGCGCUCCAUGUUCGCCCGCUGGCAGAGGCUGCACCAGCAGUUGAAUGGUGCAGAAGCCACUGCAGGGACAUAUUCUGGUUCCAAGAUGGCUGCCGUAAGCUACCAAAGGGUGAUGCAGCAGUUUACCAGUGCUCUACAGGGUGGAGGGCUGGGAACUUGGCUGAGAAAACCUCCAGAACUAGGACACUUCAACAUCAGUGUGUGAAAAGCGUUGAAGACUGAAGAUGGUCAGAGUGAAGUUCAUGUAUGUUUUUCUCUGUGUGUGGAUAAGGUACAAGGAACGUGAAGCUAAUUUGAGAAGAAAGUUUAUUUCACCUCAAUUUAUUAUAUCCUAUUAGAAAUGAUUAAUUAACUGAUUAGACAGAAAAGUAAAUAAUUUUUCAUUAUGCAAAUGAGCUCAAAGUAUUCAGAAAAGUAAAUCAAAUGUAGGAAAAAGUUGGAGUCGACUUCUUCGUGUGUAGCGUUUGCUUAAGUUACAUCGAAACUGCUAACUUCAGCCCUGGAAGCUAAUGCUAGCUUGUAUGGCUAGUUUAAAUCUUAACAACCACAUUGCUAAAACCUCAUAGUAAUACUGAAGAUAUUUCAUUUCAGUGUUAGAGGUGAAUUUAACUAAUCAGUCAUUUUUACUUUGCAAAACAACUGCACAGUUAGAGCUGGAUGUGUAGAAAUGGGUUGAGUACAAAUAGUAAUAUUAAUAAUUAUAAUAACACUUGUCUGAUAUCAGGAACUUCUACAGCUACGUAAUCUCCUCCCUGGUGAAAAGAACUACAGAGAACAUCAACAAACUGGUGGCAAAAAUCCAAUCAGCUUAUUAGAAGCGGAGUCACGCACUGAAUCUGGUUGUAUUUAUUGACAAACGCAUACAAAUUUGUGAGGCUAGCCAUAGGGUUAUUCAUCUUGGAAUAAUUCUGGAUGCUCUCAAAUGAGAAUAAAGGGAGGUUUUUCAUCUCUUUUAUAAAUACAAACAUGGUCUAAAUGCUGCAUAGUCCCACAGGAAAUAGAGACUGGAAGACACUCCUGAUAUGUUAAAGUAAAUGUGAAUGGAGGUCAAGGGUUGUCUUUGCUGCCCCACUGUGAAUGACAUUAGAUACCCAAAGACAAUCCAGGUGGACCCAUUCAUCCCAUUUUAUCUUACAUAUAUGAUUUUUGUAUUUAUAUACUUGUAAGACACCUUCAAUGACAUAAUGCGAAGCCCCGAAUCAGCCCUUUGUAGUGACGACAUAAUGUCCUUUCUUUCCAGUAGUGUCCUCACUUUUAAGGUCUAAAACCCAUGUUGGUCCUCACUUAUGUUGGGAAAGUUACUUUGGAAAUGUAAUAGGUUACAGAUUACUAGUUAUCCUGUAAAAGUUUCAAUUACUUGAUCAAAGUAAUGUAACUUAUUACAUUUUGGUUACUUACAAUACAAAGAAUCAGAAGUAAUGUUUUAUUUUACAUAUAAACCUUUUACUGGAAAGGAUAUAUGUAGCCCCUUUGUAAUCACUGACAUUUUGAUUAGUGACUGUAAGUUAAUAUUACAUAUCCAUAUUUUUUUUUCAGUAACUGUAACUGAUCACAAUUUCAUUUUUUUUUGUACUAGUUAUAAUUACAUAUAACUAAUUACUCCUAACACUGGUCCCCACAAACACUACAAUACAGAAGUACACACAAAAAAACUUGUUUUUGUCACUUAGGAGGACAUUACAUCUGCUUCUAUCAAUGCCUGGGUGAUUUAUCCUAACCUUACCAUUACAUGCCAAAUGCCAACCCAUAGUCUAACCUUAACCAAAUACCAAGUCUUAACCCUUAAACUUUAAUGGUUUUUGUUGAGGGGACCGGCAUUUUGUUACCCAAUAGGAAAUGAGUCCCCACAAUGUGACUGUGAGCAGAUUUAUCUCCCCCAUAAUGUGAUUAAUACCAGAUACCUGACGACUGCAAAGCAAAAUCUGUUUUAUUACUAACAACAGCUUCUGGUUUAUUUUACUUCUGAACUACAUGUCACAUUUUAAUUUUAUUCUUACUUGUUUGUGUUUGUUUAGUUUUUGUUUUGUGUGCUCUGUUGUUUCAGUAAUGUACAUUUGGUGUAACUGUAUGUCUCACCUGGUUAAUUAUGUUGACGUUUUUCACGUCAUGCAUUUUGAACAGCGCUGUAGAGUUCCAGAGUGUAUAUGAGGCCCUGGAGUGAAGGCGGGCCGCCAUCUAGAGGGAGACUAUGUGCAUUACAAGAUGUGGAGUCUAGGUUUUAUUGAAAAAAGAAAUGUUUAUAAUUUAAGUUUUGUUUAGUGUUUAUAAUUUUGUGGUCCUCUAUAUUUCUCCUUUUAUCCCUUAAGAUGAUUUAUUUGAUUAAAAAUAUCCCAAAGACUUUUAUUUUCAAGGAGAAAAAAAAAGUAUUCUUGUUAGUUUAUGUUUUGGUGUUCAGUUAUAGAAAAGUCAUCUGAGGUAACAACUGCGUAAAAAGAGUAAUUUUACUGAAAGACUCUGGUGUUGAAUGCUAUGUAAACUUUUAUUAGGUAUGCAGAAUGGAUGUAGUCUAUAUUGGUCAUGACUAUUUUUAUCACUGGGAAUAAAUGAUCUUAUUUGUGUUACUUUCUGUGUUUGUAUCACAUCAGAGUCAAAGCUUAACUUCUGUUGAUCGGGUGUGUGAAAAUAGCCUCUUUCAGGAGUGCUUCACACUGUCCAAAAAAAGAAUCUUAAUUUUGUGUCUGGUGUCCUUGACAUGCACAAAAUAAAAACACUUUAAGCACACAUGCCACACAAGCUUGUUCAUGGACUUAGCUUACUGAGACAUGAUAGCAACUCCAGUUUUACACAGUCAGUG